AUGGCUGCCAUUGGCGCCAACACCACUGUAUGCACAAGCGUGAGUGUCCUCGGCGAUGCCACCUACUGCAUCACGGGACGCGUCUGCGGCGGCAAGUCGGCCGAUGGCGCAUGCCCACGGCCAGGCGCCAAAGCCUCGGCCAACUGCGCACCUGGGAUUCCGAGCUGGACCGCUACGACGCGGUCGUGUGUGCUCAACUCGCUCGUUGUCUGCACGAUUGUGAGCACGCAGCCCUCGUUUGGUUGCGUCGCGUACCCUCUGGCCAUGAGCGCAACGCCAACAGUCACGAAGCAGUCGUCCGCAAGACCUUUGUAG